AUGACAGAACGCCAGUCGCCAGAGACAACUGCUUCCCGUCGGUUUCCACUAGGCAUGAAAACCUUACACGACGAUCCAGAUGCAGUUGCCGACAUUUGUUUUGUGCACGGCUUAACUGGAGGUCGCAGGAGUGCAUGGACAACCCAUCAGCAGUCAGAUACGUGGCUACAGACACUACUCCCUUCUCACCUCAACAAAGUCCGCAUCCUGAGUUUUGGAUAUGACCAAUAUACAACAGCGACUUUCCAAACUGGACACAGUAACGAGUACGAUCGAAACGGUUAUCUCCGUCGCCAUCGCCACCAGGACGUUACCAUCAGGCGGCCCGAGUCACAACCGAGCGACAUUCUGCAAAUUUCAAACGAGAUACUUGCUCCAUCAGUAUCCCCAGAGUCUACCAGUUCGCCAGCAAGCUUCUUCAUAUCUCGUCCAUGUUAUGUGUUGUGCUUUUUGAUGUUUCUUGUCAUCGGGGGAAGUGCUAGCCUCGGGAUAUACUACAGCGUCCGGUAUGACAAGAUGGGAGACGGGUUCACGGCUGCGGGACGGAUUGUUGCGAUUGGCACUUUGGUGCUAGCCGGGCCAUUGGCUCGGCACUAUCCUCAUUGUUCAUGCUGGGGUACGGAGAAACCGUACUAUGCUUACGAGCUUCGUCGCAUGGGGACACUACCAAGCCCGGAGGAUCACUUGUUUGGGACAGGCAUAUAA